AUGGCCGAACAAGACGAAUCUGCUAGACUGUGGAAGGUCAAUCGCACAAUUCAUGAGCUAGUCAAGGACAGAGGCUUCCAGGUCUCGGACGACGAAAUAAACAUGGACUUGGCAACAUUUCGGAGCCAUUACGCAAGCAAUCUAGGGAGCGUAGACCGGUCGCAGCUGAACUUCUUCACAAACCACAAGAAUAACCCAAUGACACAGAUAUUCGUAUUCUUUUCGGAUGAGAAAAGCGUCGGUGUUAAGACCAUGAGAAAAAUGUUGACUAUUCUGGAAGAGAAAAAUAUCAUGCAGGGCAUUAUCGUGUUUCCAGGGAAUAUGACGCCUUCUGCACGGAAGGUCAUUUCGGCCAUGACCAAUUUCGCACUAGAAGAAUUUGCGGAGGCGGAUCUACUGGUGAACAUUACACAUCACACACUCGUACCAAAACACGAAGUUUUGUCGCCAAAGGAGAAAAAGGAGCUUCUGGAGACCUACCGCCUGAAAGAGACACAACUUCCUCGCAUCCAAACAGCGGAUCCUGUGGCACGGUAUUACGGCCUCAAGCGUGGCAUGGUUGUCAAAAUUACGAGACCAAGUGAAACGGCUGGCCGAUAUGCCAGUUAUCGGAUAUGUUUUUGA